AAUCAUGGAAACUUCUAUAUUACGACUUGAUUUGGCAUCUAUUGCUGGAAUAAGUAAAAGACACACCCUAUGUACAACUUAUAAAGGACAAACACCAGGUACCGCGGGCAUACCUGAAAACACCGUUAGUCAUCUUCACUUUUAGAAAACAGCGACACCAUGACGCCAAUUGUCAUCACUUUUCUCCUUCUGUCUGUUGCAGCCGUUUCUCCGGUCUCAGUACAUAGAAAUGGCACAAAGAAAAUGGAGGAGUCCGUUUCUGCGAAAAUUGAAAAGGCAAAUGCAAAUGUAGACCCAGGCGACCUGACCUACAACCUGACAUAUGGGGACAUUAAGGUACCCAUGAGCGAUGAGGAAGGAUUUUUUAGGGAUGCUACCCCCUGCUCCAUUAUUGGCUGUAAAUGGCCAAAAACUGGAAACGAAGUCAUAAUUCCCUAUGAAAUCUCCAGAAAUUUUACCAAACGAGAAAAGAGAUUUAUAAAAGAUACCCUAAGAGAGUUUAGUAGUGGAGAGCGCACAACAUGCAUUCGCUUUGUCAGGAAGACUGAACUAGAUAUAAACUAUCUAUCCUUCGUAUCACACAAUGGGUGUUGGUCAUACAUUGGUCAAAUAGGUGGCAGACAGCAAAUCUCCUUGCAGAGAAAUAGUUGUGUAUUCAAAAACAUUGUGCAACACGAGGUCCUCCAUGCACUUGGAUUCCACCAUGAGCAGGUCCGCUAUGACAGAAAUCUUUACGUCACCAUCAAGUAUGAAAACAUCCAACCAGGAACAGAAAACAACUUUGACAUUGCACCAACAAACAACAUGGGUGCUCCCUAUGAUUAUGACUCUGUGAUGCAUUACAACGCAUUUUCCGCCUCCGAAAAUGGCCAACCAACCAUCGUUGCCAAAUAUAGGUCUAUAACUAAUUUUGGCAUUGGACCAGAGAUGAGUGACAAUGACUAUGCACGCCUCAAUCGUCUUUAUGAGUGCUAAACUUCAAGACAAACAGAGGAUGUCCAGGUCUUGUUGAGGCCCCCAGUGGUGAUCAAAUUAAGUGCUCAAGCAUAUCAUUUAAAUGUAUGAACUGGUGGUGGUUGAUAAGAUACACUAAUUCACAUAUGUAUAUCCAAUGCAAUAAUAAAUACAUUUUAAAGAAGUAAA